AUGGAUUUGUUUCUGGACAAGAGUUGGGUGAAAUUAAAUAGAGCUCGAGAAGAGUAUAGGAAUGCUUUAGUUACUUUUUUGGAUCAUGCAUUUGCUACUUCUGCUGUAGAGAACAAGAUUGCUUGUCCAUGUGGAAAUUGUGCCAAUCGCUUUUAUCAUGAAAGAGAAUUAGUUAUGAAACACAUGAUCAUGAAAGGGAUGGAUAUUGAUUAUCAGAAAUGUAUUUGGGUAUUUCAUGGAGAACCUAGGGUUUGUGAUGAUGAUAAUUUUUUAUACAACAACUCUACUGAUGUGCCAAAUAAUUCAUGUAACAAUGAUAUUCUUAGAAUGGUGGAAGAUGCUUUCGAAUUUCAUGAACCAUCAAGUAGCAGUACACCAAGUAUGAAUGAUGAAGCAAAAACAUUUUUUAAGUUAAUUGAUGAUGCUAAGCAACCUUUAUACCCUGGUUGUGAAGAAUUUUCCAAGCUUUCCUUCACUGUUGAAAUGUAUCAUUUGAAAUGUUUGUAUGGAGUAUCUAAUGUGGGUUUUGAUGCAUUCGUAAAAUUAUUUAAAAGAGCUCUUCCUAAAGAUUCCGCAUUGCCAAAUUCUUUCAAUCAGAUGCAAACUAUCAUUAAGAAACUUGGUUUGGAUUAUAGAAAGAUUGAUGUGUGUCCAAACGAUUGUGUUCUUUUUUGGAAAGAAAAAAUUGGUUUAGAUAAGUGUCCUGUUUGUGAUGAAUUGCGAUGGAAGACAACAGAUGACGGUUCAGUAAUUAAAUUAGCUAGUGGUCAAAAGGUGCCAAAAAAGGUGUUGCGUCAUUUUCCUUUGAUACCCAGGUUGAAAAGACUGUUUAUAUCAUCAAAAACUGCCCAUUUAAUGAGAUGGCAUGCUGACGAGCGAGAAGAUGAUGGUAAGUUGAGGCAUCCAGCAGACUCUACUGCUUGGAAAUGUUUUGAUGAAAGGUAUCCUACUUUUGCCAGUGAUGCACGUAAUGUUAGGCUUGGUUUGAGUAGUGAUGGAUUUAAUCCAUUUGGAAUGAUGAGUAGUCAAUAUAGCAUAUGGCCAGUUGUUUUGAUGGCUUAUAAUUUACCCCCUUGGUUAUGUAUGAAGCAAUCUUAUUUCAUGCUUUCAUUAAUUAUACCUGGACCAAAGGGCCCUGGUAAUGAUAUUGAUGUAUUUUUAGAACCUUUAAUUGAUGAGUUACAAUUGUUAUGGGAGGUUGGCGUAGAUACUUUUGAUGCUUCAAAAGGUGAAACCUUUAGAUUAUACGGAGCACUGCUUUGGACAAUAAAUGACUUUCCUGCAUACGGCAAUCUAUCUGGUUGGAAAACUAAAGGAAAAUGUGCAUGCCCUUAUUGUAAUAUUGAUUCGUGCUCGUUUUAUCUUGAAGGGAGUAAAAAAUUGUGUUAUUUGUAUCAUCGACGUCUGUUGGAUGAUGAUCACAGUUUUCGCCAUGACAGUAGGUCAUUUAAUGGUCAAGUAGAAUUGCGUCCUCCUCCUAAAUUAUGGACAGGAUCGGAGUUGUUAAAGCAAAUGGAAAAUGUCGAUGUUGUAUAUGGAAAACACCCUAGUAUUCAUAAGUUGAAUAAAGAAACACGAAAGAGAAAGAGGGAAGAUGACUUUGUUGAGGAAGUACCUUGGAAAAAAAAGAGUUUAUUUUUUAGACUUGAAUAUUGGGAGCAUCUUCUAGUGCGCCACAAUUUGGAUGUCAUGCACGUGGAAAAAAAUGUAUCUGAGAAGAUAAUAGGGACACUUUUUGGGAUUGACGGUAAAACAAAAGAUACUAAGAAAUCACGUAUUGAUUUAGAAAGAAUGAACAUAAGGCCUGAUCUCCAUCCUGUUACACUUAAUAAUAAGACAUAUAUACCUCCUGCAUGUUUCACAUUAAGCAAGAAAGAAAAAGAAGAAAUGUUGGGUAUAUUGGCUUCUGUUAGAGUGCCUGAUGGAUAUGCAACAAAUAUUAGAAGGCGGAUUAUUGACGGUGAAAUUCGAAACUUAAAAAUCCAUGACCACCAUAUCUUGAUGCAACAACUGUUACCGUUGGCUUUGAGAAAAAUGAAAAAUAAGGAUGUGAGUUACGUUCUGAUUGAGCUGUGCAACUUUUUUAAGGAAUUAUGUUCAAAAGUGGCAACACCCGAGGAUUUUGAGAAGCUAGAGAAGCGCAUUGUUGUUAUACUUUGUCACCUAGAGCGAAUAUUUUUGCCAUCUUUCUUUGACAUUAUGGUCCACUUGCCUGUGCAUUUACCUUAUGAAGCAAAGAUACUUGGUCCAGUUUUUCAACGUUGGAUGUACCCAGUGGAAAGGUACAUGAGAAAGUUGGAAUCUUAUGUUGGAAAUAAAAGCCAACUUGAAGCAUCUAUUGCUGAGGGAGCUCUUGCCGAAGAAUGUCUUGGUUUUUGCUCGAGAUAUCUUCAAGAUGUGCAAUUAAGAGAAAAUAGAUCAUCGAGAAAUAAUGAUGAUACUGAUGAUGUAGUGGUUGGAGGUUUGUCCAUUUUCUCUUUGAAAUGUCGUGCGAUGUCAAAGAAAAGAGAGUUUAGGCCUGAUUACUAUGUAAUCGAGCAAGCACAUAGUUACAUAUUAUCAAAUUGCGAGGAAGUACAAGUUUAUGCUCAGGAACAUUACCAGAUUGUUAGUGACAUAUAUCGUAAUACACCAGAGAUUAUUGAUGAUGCUCAUAGAAAAGAAUUUCCGAAAUGGUUCGCCGAUAAUGUUGCGAAACAUCUACCAAGUGACAGUUGUACAGCUAAUGAUUUGAAGUAUCUUAGUAUGUUCCCGAGCAUGUGGAUGAAUAUAAUGACUAAGGAGCGUGGUGUUGUUUCGAUGUGA